UUCGAUAGAUGUUGAUGUGCAUGAAGGCUAUUUCAAACGUGGUGGAUAUAGUUCACUUCCAAGUAUUGUCUACCAUACCAGUCUCAAAAUGGGUUGUAAUAUUGGACGACUCACCCCAGAGUAUGAUGCACAGGGAAAUCUCCUCCAAAACCUUGGUGGCACACAAGGUCCAUUUGUUGAGUUCAAUAACAAGAUUGGCUUUCUUACUUGCGCUCACGUACUGUUUGAUAUUCCUAUGACAACACCAUCUGUGGAUUUCCAACAUCCUGGGAACACUACAAUUGAAGUCGUACAACCUUCCAGUGAUGCAACAACGUCCAAUGGUGUAGCAUGUGGACAUGUUUACAGAGCAAUUUUCAAUCCACAACUGGAUCCAAGCAUUGAUGUCGCUGUCGUUGAAUUGACUGACUCUAAUAGGAUCCCCAAAAAAGGCCAAUUCUCUAACGCUAACCACAGUAGCCAUAUAGAUGCAGGGUUCGGAGAACUUCCAGAGUACAACAGUGGAUCCGUUCAGACUGAUUUACAACAUUUCUGUACAACGCAUACAGUGGUCAAAUUUGGCAGCUCCAGUGACGUCACCAGGGGAACACUUAACGUCUGUGGAGUGGAUGUUAGACCGAUGACGACACCGCUUGGUUUGCCUAGAGGUACAGGACAGGUCCAAAUGAUCAACCAGUAUCAAGUGUGCGGUUCCAAUCCAAGCAUGACCUUUUUUCUGAACGGUGAUUCGGGUUCAGCGGUGUUUAUGAGAACGCCUGGAACCAAUGAUAUGCACUUAAUCGGAAUGGCUAUAGGAUAUACGUAUGUGGGUACAAACCCAUUCCCUGCAGCAGUUGUAACACCUAUUGAUGCUAUAUUGAGGGCGCUAGGUCCACAAUAUCGCAUUGCCUCGUUUCCGUGAUUUUAUAUCUACAACAGUCCUUCCUGCAAUUUGUUUUGUUAGAAAAGUAAAUCACAUUCUAAUCAAUAUUCUUCCAACACAGUUUGUGAGUGUUUGAGCGCAUACUUUUAAAUUUAACAAUGUAUGUUUCCAUGGAGUUCUUGUGGAAUAUAUUAUACCAGUUGUAAACUGUAAGGUAUCAACAGUGUAAGUUAGAAAACUACAGUCUGUGUGACUCAUCUACAGGUUAUGCAAAAUAUCUACAGUUUAUGUAUGUAAUCUACAGUUUAUGUAUAUUUCUUUAGUUUAUGUAUGUAAUCUACAGUUGUUUAUGUAAUCUCCUGUUUGAGUAUGUAAUCUACAGUUUGUGUAUGUAUGUAAUCUUCAGUUUAUUUUUGUAUUAUAAAGUGUGUGUAUGUAACAUACUCUUUAUGCAAAUAAUCUACUGACCAUGUAUGUUAUCUACAGUUUGUGCAUAUAAUAUCCAUUUUAUGUAUAUUAUUUACAACUUGUGUACGUAAUCUAGUUAAUAGAAAUAAUCUAUAGUGUGUGUAUAUAAUUUACAAUUUACGUUUGUAAUCUACAAUCAAUGUAUUUUAAUGGCAGUCAGUGUAAUUUACCUACAAAUUUUGAAGGUCAGAUAUAGUUGAUGUAAUUAAUCUACAUAUCUUUUGAACCUGAGGUUUUGGUAGGUAAUAUAUAGUAUAUGAAAGCAACCUUUAGUUUAUGUAAGUAAGCUACAUUUUAUCUUAGUAAAGUAUAUUUGGUAUCUUUGUAUGUAAUCUGAUUCUACUGACUGCAGUCUUCAGCUGAAGUAGGAACUUUACAGUUCAUUUAAUUAAUCUAUACAUUUUGUAAUUUAUUGCAGAUUUAUGAGAGUUAUGAACAGCUUAUAUUGCAAUUUAUGAAUGCAAUCAACACUUUAUAAAUGUAAUUUGCAGUCUGUGUUUGUAAUUAAAAGUUUAUGUAGGUAAUAUACAGAUCUGUUUGUAAUCUACAUUGUAUGAAGGUUCUACAAUUGUUCAUGUAAUCUAUAGAUUAUGUAGGUAAUCCACAUGUAGGUAAUCUGUUUGUAAUCUACAGUUUGUAUAAAGGUCCUACAAUUGUUUAUGCAAUAUAUAUAGUAUGUAGGUAACCUUCAAUCUAUACUGUAAUCUAUAUUAAUGUUCACGUUUGUAGUUUUCAGGGUAUGUAAGAAAUAUACAGUGUGUGUUGCAGUCAGAAUUAUGUAGCUUAAGUAAUUAAUAUACAGUUAAAAGAAGUAAUCUUUUGACUUUUAUUUAAUCUAUAGUUUAUGAACAUUUAUGUGAUUUACAGUGUAUUGAAGUAAUCUGCAGUACCUGUUUGAAAUCUAGAGUACACGUGAGUAAUAUGUAAUCCUGUAUUUAAUUCAUAGCUUAUCCCUAUAUGUAUGUAAUUCACAGUGUGUGUUAGUACUCGAGAGUUUUUGUGAAGUUAUUUUUUUGUAAUUUACACGUUAUGCUUGUAAGCUACAUCUGGUUUUACAAUCUUAAUUUUAUGUAGGUUAACUAAGGAUUGUUGCAAAUAUCUGUGUUUUGUAUUUAGUUAAUUAUUUACACCAGAAGCUGAUAGAAUUAUCAUUCCGUACUUACGGUGUUUUUCAUAAAUAUUAGAUAUUAUACUAUGAUAAUUGAGAUCAUAUAAAAUGCCGCGACAAACCAAAGUCCUUAAAAUUGGUAUUUGUUAUUCUCUGCUUAACAUUCAACAAUUAGGGAAAUGGCAUCAAUUGGUUCACCCAUUACCAAACUAUGUAGCCGGACGGUCUCAGAGAAUCCUAUGAUGGGUAUGGGUAUCGUAUUUCAGUGAAAUGGCACCAUUAAUUUAGCAUUAGAUCUGCCCUUACGAAAGGAGACAAUUACACCAACAUACUCUGCCGUUUCCGGCACACUUACACACAUGUACGCAUAUAUCACACACAU